UUUUGUAAUAUUCUAGUUCAUUCUAGAAAUGAAGAUUUAAAAAUAUCAUCUGCGUAAAUUUCCCUUGAUGUUUGCUGCCUGGUUGAGACUAUAAAUUCCUUUCUACUGAACACCUGCUGUGUACUGGAAUUUGGACAAGCUGUGUAACUUCGAAGAUGUCAAGGAAAUGUUACCCAGAAGAAGGAAAGCAGAGACCUGUCACCUGAAAACUUGGCCUGGUGCUAUGUCAUCAUGAAGGGUUGCCUAUACUGCUUUGACAUACUGUAUGGGGUCAAGAAAGUGUAACAGGAUUUGUCACAUGUUUUACUUUAGAGGCUUAUAGUGCGUUCUACUGGAAGCAUCUUUCUACAAAGGAAACAACUUAUCUCAGAUUAUUGUCAAUGAAAGGAAAACUUUAUUGAGGCCCCAGGACCACAGCGUUCAGGCAGGAGGCUGCCCUGUGGGCCAAGGAGGUGGUGGAAGGGCCUCAUUUAAUCUUCUUGGAGCGCAGGUGGUUGGUGUGGCCAUACCUCUGCGGCAUUUGACAGCGCAGGGAUGCAGGCUAUUUUUUUAAAAGUUGAAUUUGUUUGAGAACCAAACCUUGGACUAUCGAUGGCCCUACCUGAAAGGAAAAACAAAAAAUUCAUUAUGUGUGGCAUAUAGACAUACUGGUCUGAAUCUGAAAAGAUGGGACUGCUAACUUCAGAGGAAUGUGGAUUGGUGCCAGGCUGUCAGUCAGGGAUAUAGUUUCUGCCAAAGUCAAGUCUGAAGAGAUCUUUUUCAGGUGGAGGCUUGAAUUUUGAUCUAUGUUCCCCCUACAUCCACUGCCUGAAAGUACUUAAUGAUCACAUGACCCUGGACAUGGAUGCUGUCCUGUCGGAUUUUGUUCGUUCCACAGGAGCUGAGCCAGGGCUGGCCCGAGACCUCCUGGAAGGAAAGAAUUGGGAUGUGAGUGCUGCCCUCAGUGAUUUUGAACAGCUACGUCAGGUCCAUGCUGGGAACCUACCCCAACCCUUUAGUGAAGGGAGUGGUGCCUCCAGGACCCCUGAAAAAGGGUUUUCUGAUAGAGAGUCUACUCGCCCUCCUCGACCUACCCUACAGCGGCAGGAUGACAUCGUUCAAGAAAAACGCCUGUCUAGGGGCAUCUCCCACGCCAGCUCCAGCAUUGUUUCCCUGGCCCGGUCCCAUGUCUCCUCCAAUGGUGGGGGUGGGGGGAGCAGUGAGCACCCCCUGGAAAUGCCCAUCUGUGCCUUCCAGCUUCCAGAUCUCACUGUGUACAAUGAAGACUUCCGCAGCUUCAUAGAGAGAGACCUCAUUGAACAGUCCAUGCUGGUUGCCUUGGAACAGGCAGGGCGCUUGAACUGGUGGGUGAGUGUGGACCCCACUUGUCAGAGGCUACUUCCUUUGGCAACUACUGGAGAUGGAAACUGCCUCCUGCACGCAGCCUCUCUUGGGAUGUGGGGUUUCCAUGAUCGUGACUUGAUGCUGCGGAAAGCUUUGUAUGCACUGAUGGAAAAGGGAGCCGAGAAGGAAGCAUUAAAACGACGCUGGAGGUGGCAGCAAACACAGCAGAAUAAAGAGUCAGGGCUGGUAUACACAGAGGACGAAUGGCAGAAGGAAUGGAAUGAGCUGAUCAAGCUUGCCUCAAGUGAACCCCGCAUGCAUCUAGGUACCAACGGAGCCAAUGGUGGUGGGGCAGAGAGUUCAGAGGAGCCUGUAUAUGAGAGUCUAGAAGAAUUCCACGUCUUUGUCCUUGCCCAUGUGCUCAGAAGGCCUAUAGUUGUCGUGGCAGACACCAUGCUGAGGGACUCUGGGGGAGAAGCAUUUGCCCCUAUCCCCUUUGGGGGAAUCUAUCUGCCCUUGGAGGUCCCAGCCAGCCAGUGUCACCGCUCCCCUCUGGUGCUCGCCUACGAUCAGGCCCACUUUUCUGCACUUGUGUCCAUGGAGCAGAAGGAGAAUGGCAAGGAACAAGCUGUGAUCCCACUUACAGAUUCAGAACAUAAGCUGCUGCCCUUGCACUUUGCUGUGGACCCUGGAAAGAGCUGGGAGUGGGGCAAAGAUGACAAUGACAAUGUCCGAUUGGCCAGUGUAAUCCUAUCCUUGGAGGUCAAGUUGCACCUGUUGCAUAGCUACAUGAGUGUGAAGUGGAUCCCAGUGUCCUCUGAUGCACAGGCUCCCCUGGCCCAGCCUGAGUCCCCCACAGCCUCAGCUGGAGAUGAGCCCCGGUCCACUCCUGAGUCUGGGGAAUCAGACAAGGAGUCAGUUGGCAGCAAUUCUACUAGCAAUGAGGGCAGCAAGCGGAAAGAGAAAUCAAAACGAGAUCGGGAGAAGGACAAGAAGAGGGCAGAUUCUGUGGCUAACAAACUGGGCAGCUUUGGCAAAACCUUGGGCAGCAAGCUCAAGAAGAACAUGGGAGGCCUGAUGCACAGCAAGGCUUCCAAGCCUGGAGGGAUGGGAGCAGGGUCAGGAGUGAGCAGUGGCACUGAGACAUUGGAGAAGAAGAAGAAAAACUCGCUGAAGAGCUGGAAGGGUGGCAAGGAGGAGGCAGCUGGAGAUGGGCCUGUGUCUGAGAAGCCCACAUCUGAGUCUGUGGGUAAUGGAGGGAGCAAGUAUAGCCAGGAGGUGAUGCAAAGCCUGAGCAUCAUGAGGAUUGCUAUGCAAGGGGAGGGGAAGUUUAUUUUUGUUGGAACCCUGAAGAUGGGUCACCGUCACCAGUAUCAGGAGGAGAUGAUCCAGCGCUACCUUUCUGAUGCUGAGGAGAGAUUCCUGGCAGAGCAGAAACAGAAGGAAGCAGAGAAGAAGAUCAUGAAUGGAGGGGUAGGGAGUGGGCCUCCUCCAGCCAAAAAGCCAGAGCCAGAUGGCGGGGAGGAGCUGCUGACUGCCCCUCAAACAGAGUCCAAGGCAAUGGCAUUUUCUACUGGCUACCCUGGGGGCUUCACAAUCCCUCGGCCUUCUGGGGGUGGAGUUCACUGCCAGGAGCCCCGGAGGCAGUUGGCAGGGGGUCCGUGUGGGGGUGGCCUGCCACCAUAUGCUACCUUCCCUAGACAGUGCCCUCCUGGGCGAUCCUACCCCCAUCAGGACAGCAGCCUUUCUCUGGAGCCAGGCAGUCACUCCCAGGAUGGAGUUCACAGGGGUGCAUUGUUACCACCCCACUUUCGAGUGGCUGAUUCCUAUAGCAACGGCUACAGAGAGUCCCCUGAGCUAGAUGGAUGGGCUGGAGGGCCCAGGGGAUUUCCCCCAACCCAGACCAAAUGCAAACAACCGAACUGCAGCUUCUAUGGACACCCUGAGACAAACAACUUCUGCUCCUGCUGUUACAGGGAAGAACUGAGGAGGAGGGAACGGGAACCGGGUGGGGAGCUGCUGGUGCACAGGUUCUGAAUCGGGGUGACUUUGGAGGGCAAGGGGGCUAAACAAAGUUAAGCUCAGCUAAUUGGCUCAAGAUCCAGCCCCCACGUUGACGGGGCAAAUGCAGUAAUGUUUGUGGGAGCCUGGCUAGAAACGUUGAAGUGUGCGCUGGAGAGCUGCCAGGCUUGCACGAGCAGGUCAGGGCUGGAUGGUACCUCGUGGCUGUACUAGUCCUCUGCAGAUCUUGACUUGAUGGGACUGAGGAGGUACAAAGGGGAAAGGAGGUGAUUCUGUCUCAUAACCCCUUGGGUCCAUGAAAGCAGUAGGGGCAGGUUUGGUGUGUCAGGGCGGGGAGGUGGUUAACUGUCUGGGAAAUGAACAGGCAAAGGUGGUUCUCGGUCAAUAAAAGAAAAAACAGACCAAAGUUCUUUUAGGUUGAAAAAAAGCACAUGGUGGUGGAGUUGGGAGUGUGGAGAGAAACUGGGAAAUUAGGCAAAUUUGCUAUUGAUUUGAAUUAAGAUAGAAAUUAGGGUUGGAUAAAUUCUUUCUCCUGAAGGAUCUGGAAAGACAGGGCAGUAAUGUGUGUUUAUGGGUACCUAUUAGGAGGGAGGUAGUUUAAAUCGGUUUAUUGAGAUGGGAAAGGGAAGAACUUAAAAGGGGAAGUCUUUUCCUCUUAAGUUUUAUUUCCUUCUAAACACCAUCUUGUCAUCUGUUCUAGUUUGAGAGGAGACGGCUGAUUGCCCCCUUUCUUUUCCUCAUCCUUUUUGAGGGCUGAGCUCAGCUAAGUUAAGAUGGUUGUGAUUUUUUUUAAAGACUUUAUUUUUAUUAAAAAAAAAAAAGUUCCCUCUGGGGAAGGGAGAGAGUGAUGAGAAGAGCAGCUGUGUGUGUUGAAUUUUCUCCAGGUGAAUUGGUGCAGAGGUGAUCUUUUUUUUAACUACUUAGCAAUAACCACAUAUUGGGGUUUGAGUGUGCCUUGGGAGGGAUGGGAGAAGGACAGACCUUUGGCCAGACUGUUUCAAACAAAACCAAAAACCUAAAUAGAGCACUACCAUCCUCUGCUGCUGCAUUUCUGUAGAAAGCAACUUUUUUUUUUUUUUAA